ACACGAGAAUCAAGUGUAUCCGUAAUCAUUCGCCAUUCAAUCGUACCAUUCACUCAGACCGGUUUUACUUUGAGGCAGUCUAUCGUGUUCCUCCAAACGCGGUACACCAACAACAUGCUGGUCAAAGUGCUUCUUAUUGUGUCAAGUGUCGCGCUUACCAGUUGCGACGUUUCACAUCUGGAACUCGAAGCGACCACGCCGCCUCCGCCCCCAAAGCCUUAUGUCUUUUCAUACAGUGCUGGGAGGUACCCAGGCCAUAUAGAUCGACAGCACGCUGAAGUGAGCGACGGUAGCGGUGUUGUCAGAGGCACCUUCUCCUACGUGGAUCCUAGUCAGAAAGUCCGUAAAGUUGACUACGUGGCUGAUAAAGAUGGUUUCCACCCGACGCUGAGUGAUGCACCACCAGAACACCCGACUGACUCAGAAUCAGUGGCUAAAGCUAAAACCCGUCACUUCGAGCUGUACGCUAAGAUCGCAGAAGAACACGCUCACCACCCGUUCCCUGAUGAAACCACAGUGCCCAGGCAAUCAGCGGCGGUCGCAGCUGCAGCAGCGAAGCACACACAGCUUUUUAGAGUGAUAGCUGAGCAACACGCUCGUAUUGCUGCUGAGAGAGAAGCGUUGCAGCGAGAAGAAGAAGAGAAACAGCACUUGCAAGAACUAGGACAGAUUUCUGCGGCAGAAUAUUAUUAAAUGGACUUUGAUUAAAAACGCGCAAUGGAUCUAUCUCUAUAUUUAUGGACAAGAUAAACUUUAUAUGCACAUAUAAAGGAGUAUGGGUUGCCAAUUCUGUAGAAAUUUCUAAAAGAACAGUAAAAGUAAUUGGCAAUGACGCAUUUAAAAACACUUGUGGUCGCCCAUUGGUCGGAAUUCGACCAUAAUUAAUUUAAAUUAUAAGUUUGAACGUAUAUUACGAGUAGUUAUUAUGUUUGACAUUCAGUAAGAACAAAUAAUAUGAAUCUAUAGUCUAUAAUCUAUUCUCAAUUUGAUUGACGCGCCUUUGUCAAAUAUAUAGUGUGUUUAAUGUAUUUUUAUGCAUUAUUAAAAAAAUAUUAACAUUUGGCACUCCUUUUCACAUCAUAAACUGUGCAAAAUUUCAUAUUCCUCCAUCCACGCAAUUUCGGUAAAAAGGGAUACAACAUUUUUGCUUCACGUAUUAAUAUAUAGAUUUUGUCAGAAUCAUAACUGGGAUAACCAUCCCAGUUAUUUAUCACUAAGAACCACUUAUAUUAGUUGUACUCUAUAGGUACUGCAUUUCAUUUUAUUUUUCU